GUAGGACUAAUGACGUCACUGUAUGUAGUCUUAUAAACACUGAUCCGAGAUUUCCCGUCUUAUACACACUUAUCGGCUGUUUCCUGUCUUAUACACACUGUUCGGCUGUUUUCUGUCAUACACCCUGAUCUGCUGUUCAUUUACACACACCGACACACACCGACGGCUGAAGAGGGAUAUGAGAGUUCACGCUCGGAGGGAUUCGACACUGACUCUGGCUCUUCUGAAUCUUUUCCUGCUGUUACAUGGAGUUUCCUCUUACACUGAGUUCGAGAUCUCGGUUCCCACGCGUGUACAGAUGGGUGUGUACGGCGAGGCGGUCCAUCUGUCCUGCGUGUUCCCAGUGAGCGGCUCGUGGGACGCAGACAGCAGCGUGAUCACGUGGCAGCGCGACCUAGAGGUGGUCCACAGUUUCUUUCAUGGCCGAGACCAGCCACAAUACCAGAGCCAGAGAUACGCCAACCGCACCAGCCUGUUCCACCAGGAGAUGAAGAAAGGAAACGCGUCCCUCAGGCUGGACCGCACCACUCUGGAGGACACUGGGGAGUACACCUGCUCUGUCAGCACUCGGCUGGGCAGCCAGAGAAAGAGCUUCAACCUCAAAGUAGCAGCGUUCUACCCCGAGCCUCGUCUGCAAAUCUCUGUGCUGAGCGACGGCCACAUGGAGGUGCUGGUGACCUCAGAGGGUGGGUUCCCCUCUCCCUCCCUGCAGUGGCUGAUGGGAAACGCCAGGGACGUCACCAACCACACACACACGCAGCUGAGUAAGGACCAUCACACAGGUCUGUACAGCGUGAACAGUAAACUAAACCUAAGUGCAACCGUCAACUCCUCCAUCACCUUCAUCAUGAAGAACCCAGAUCUGGACCAGAUCAUCAGGAGGAACAUCGACCUCUUCUCAGAAAAUGUUGGCGCUGACCAGAGGAACCAUCGAGCAGGACUCAUUGGGCUUUCUGUUGUUGUAGUUACACUCGCUGUGAUCAUUUCACUAAUUAUCCUUCGACACCGAAUGAUGAAAAAGGAAAAAUCCCAAAAUCCUUCAGAGAUUACCAUCGAGUCAUCAGAACCUUCGAUCAAUCAGACAGCAGCUGAAAAAGCUUCCUCAGAAUCCCUGAUAAAGGAAGAUCUCGGGCAAGGCGGCUAGACUAGAAGAAGAAAUGUAGUUUACUUACAAGACUUUUUUUUCUUAAGCUCUCCAUCAACUGGCCUUCAGCACAGCAGUCAGUGAUUAAGGCAGAUGUGUGGAGUCACAUCUUCAAAACCAUCUCCAUCCUGAUCUCCAGCUCCUGUCUUCCUCGCUGCUGAAACUUUUUAUGGCACUGAAUAUUUAGAAAAUUAAUGUUUCUAAUGGACAAUGUUAAGGGUCUGGUGUCUCAGAUCAAACUCUAGACUUCAGCUACAACUGAAGGUCAAUAAACCUCAUCACAGUAUUUUUGUAAAGAAGCAUUUAUUAUACUUUAAAUGGUCAGCUUGGUCUGUUUCAUGGUUAUUUCAAGCAGUUGACAGUCAGCUGUGAGCACUGGUGUAAUUUCUGUGCUGUUCAUCAGUUAGUGUUAAAUUCGGUCCUCAACUGUGGCAGCUCCAGUCGUCACCAUGGCGACGUCCCCAUAACAUUUGUGUUUGAAGUAAAAUAAAUGUGAAGGUUUCUGUUGUGUUAAAAGGUUGUGUUAGUUGUUGAAGCCCUCUUGCUGGACAAGGGUUACUGAUGCGUUAAUUUAUAAUUUUUAAUCAUGUGGCAUUUGUACAUUGAACAUAUUUAUAAAAAUCAAUGUAGAGUGA